AUGGAGGGAUACAUUGAGUUUGAUACAGAGCCAUUGUUGAGCAAGAUCGACAACUCUGACUGUGAUGACUUCUGUAACCCAGGGUUUGACGAUUCCUCCUCCGGAUAUGAUUCCACAGAUUUCUCCGACGCCGAAACAGACUCCUCGAGUAUCACAAGUAUGAGAACCGGAUAUAGAGCAGCAAGUGGGCGUAGUAACACACUUCUUGCUAAUGAGGGUUACCAGCAGGUGCGCGCACGUGUCAGCUGCACGAGCACAUUGUGUGAGAGUCUCGCUAUGAUUUCGAGCAUGCCAGAGAUGUGUGACGUCAUAUUUAAAGUCGGACCGGAAGAAGUUCCUGUGUACGGUGUGAGGGCUAUCCUAGGCAUUCGCAGCAAACUGAUGUAUCAACUUAUCUUCAACAAUCUCAACAAUCCAGAAUCCCGACUUUCUAAAUCGGGAGGUCCCGUCAUUAUCCCCGUGAGAAAGUACGACCCAGAAGUAUUCCGAAUGCUGGUUCAGUUCAUUCAGUCCGGGACUGCAACUAUCAAUGACGUCACCGCAACUGGUCUCUUAUGCGGAGCCCAUCAAUUCGAACUGCGGGAUCUACAAAAAGCCUGCUGGAAAUACAUCGAGGCUCGUCUUACAUCCGGAUACGAAGCAGAUAUUCUCGCGGGAACCAGAGCAUUUACGCAAUACUGA